CCGUCUUCUUAUCCUGCGCAUCUGUCUCCGCCUUCCUUGUAUCAGAUCUCUAAGCUCGACGGGCAAUAACAGUCUCUCAUCGCAGUGAUCCGAGUACAGACUAUUCGCCUGACCUCAUCGGUGCUCGAUUUCCGGAACUAGAGAAAUCUUAAAGGAUCAUUGAAUCAUGAGCUGCUUCAGCUGUUGUGGAGAGGAUGAAAUACAUAAAGCUGCCGAUGGUGGAGGGCAAUACAUGGUUAAAAAUUCAACAGGAAAUGAUGGAAACUAUCAUACUUCAGAAACUACAUCUAGAAGUGCUCAAGCUGUGAAAAUUCAGCCCAUUGAAGUCCCAGCUAUUCCUGCAGAUGAACUAAAGGAAAUUACAGAAAACUUCGACACAAAUUCUUUGAUAGGAGAGGGCUCAUAUGGUAGAGUAUUUUAUGGGGUUCUUAAGAGUGGACAGGCUGCAGGAAUUAAAAAGUUGGAUGCUAGCAAACAACCUGAUGAUGAAUUUUUAGCCCAGGUUUCCAUGGUAUCAAGGCUGAAGCAUGAAAACUUUGUUCAAUUGCUUGGUUACUGUGUGGAUGGGAGCUCUCGUAUACUUGCCUAUGAGUUUGCAUCUAAUGGAUCACUUCAUGAUAUUCUUCAUGGAAGGAAAGGUGUGAAGGGAGCGCAGCCUGGCCCAGUUCUCUCAUGGGCACAGCGAGUAAAAAUUGCUGUAGGAGCUGCAAAAGGGCUUGAGUACUUGCAUGAAAAGGCUGAUCCUCACAUCAUUCAUCGUGAUAUCAAGUCCAGCAACGUACUAAUAUUUGAUGAUGAUUUGGCAAAGAUUGCUGACUUUGAUUUGUCUAAUCAAGCUCCUGAUAUGGCAGCACGUCUUCAUUCCACUCGUGUUCUUGGAACCUUUGGUUAUCAUGCUCCUGAAUAUGCAAUGACCGGGCAAUUAAAUGCUAAGAGUGAUGUUUAUAGUUUUGGUGUUGUCUUGCUUGAGCUUUUGACAGGGAGAAAACCUGUUGAUCAUACAUUACCUCGUGGACAGCAAAGUCUAGUUACAUGGGCUACUCCAAAACUAAGUGAAGACAAAGUAAAGCAAUGUGUUGAUGCAAGACUAGGAGGGGAUUACCCUCCUAAAGCUGUUGCAAAGAUGGCCGCUGUUGCUGCCUUGUGUGUGCAAUAUGAGGCUGAUUUCCGGCCAAAUAUGAGCAUCGUUGUCAAAGCUCUUCAGCCACUGUCAAAUGCCCGACCUGGACACGGUGGUGAAACACCAAGCACAUAAGACUCUGUUUCUCUUGAACCUAUAUGCAUGUGCGGACAUGGUUCAGGCAUUCAAGCAUGCAAAAUAUACAUAACGAAGGAAUUGUUUUAAAAUUUGUUUUAAUUUGUUUAUUCUACUUUCCAUGUGCCUUCAUUAUAUACGCUGUAUUCUAUUUGUUCAUAAUGCGUGAGCUUCUUUCUUUGUUGCAUCUUUGCCACUAUUUUUUUUUUUUUUUGUUUUUUUGGACUAAAUGUCACUAAUAUUC